GUUAGAGCUGGAGACUGCAGCAUUCAGUCCCAGUGCACUCUAAGCACAGCCUCCCCUCACUGCUCCUGCUCACAGCACCUUCUGCAAUGCCGGUCACCGAGAAGGACCUGGCUGAAGACGCCCCAUGGAAGAAGAUCCAGCAGAACACCUUCACCCGCUGGUGCAACGAGCACCUCAAGUGCGUGAACAAGAGGAUCGGUAACCUGCAGACCGACCUGAGCGAUGGGCUGCGGCUCAUAGCUCUGCUGGAGGUGCUGAGCCAGAAGAGGAUGUACAGAAAGUACCACCAGAGACCCACCUUCAGCCAGAUGCAGCUGGAGAACGUCUCUGUGGCCCUUGAGUUCCUGGAGAAGGAGAACAUCAAGCUGGUUUCCAUAGACAGUAAAGCUAUAGUGGAUGGGAACCUGAAGCUUAUCCUUGGGAUGAUAUGGACUCUUAUUCUGCACUACUCCAUCUCUAUGCCUGUGUGGGAAGAUGAAGGGGAUGAAGAAACUAAAAAUCAGACCCCAAAACAAAGGCUUCUCGGCUGGAUUCAGAACAAAAUACCUGACCUGCCAAUCACUAAUUUUAGCCACAACUGGCAAGAUGGGAAAGCUUUGGGAGCUCUUGUUGACAGCUGUGCACCAGGUCUCUGUCCUGACUGGGAAACUUGGGAUCCAAGAAAGCCGGUUGAUAAUGCCCGGGAAGCCAUGCAACAAGCGGACGACUGGCUGGGAGUUCCCCAGGUGAUUGCUCCUGAAGAAAUCAUUCAUCCUGGUGUGGACGAACACUCCGUCAUGACUUACCUCUCACAGUUCCCGAAAGCCAAACUGAAACCAGGGGCACCGUUAAAACCAAAACUGAACCCAAAGAAAGCAAGAGCUUAUGGAAAAGGCGUGGAACCAACUGGAAAUAUGGUAAAGAAACCGGCACCUUUUACGGUGGAGACAAUUAGCGCAGGGCAAGGAGAGGUCCUCGUAUACGUGGAAGACCCAGAAGGAAUUAGAGAAGAGGCUAAAGUGAUCGCUAAUAAUGACAAGAACAAAACGUUUUCUGUGGAGUAUGUGCCCAAAGUUACAGGUCUCCAUAAGGUUACAGUUCUCUUUGCUGGGCAGCACAUCUCAAAAAGUCCCUUUGAAGUCAACGUUGAAAAGUCACAAGGAGAUGCCAGUAAAGUCACUUCCAAAGGACCAGGCUUGGAAGCAACUGGAAACAUUGCCAAUAAACCUACCUAUUUUGACAUUUAUACAGCAGGGGCUGGAGUAGGAGACAUUGGCAUAGAAGUAACAGACCCUCAAGGGCGGAACAACACAGUUGAGGUCGCACUUGAAGACAAAGGAAAUUGUGUGUAUCGAUGCACUUAUAAGCCAGUGAAGUCUGGACCUCAUAAUGUUGGCAUAACCUUUGGAGGAGAGGCCAUUCCAAAAAGUCCUUACACAGUCAUCGUUGGAGAAGCCUGUAACCCAAAUGCUUGCCGAGCCAGUGGACGUGGACUUCAGCCCAAAGGUGUCCGGAUAAGAGAGAAUGCUGAUUUUAAGGUUGAUACUAAAUCUGCAGGAAGCGGUGAUCUAAACGUCUCAAUAAAAGGCCCAAAGGGUUUGGAUGAGCUGGUGAAGCAGGUGAACGCCUCAGAUGGAGUAAAUUCAUUUGAAUACUAUCCACUAACGCCUGGAAAGUAUGUUGUUUCAAUAACGUGGGGUGGACAUCACAUUCCUAAAAGCCCGUUUGAAGUUCUGGUGGCACCUGAAGCUGGACCACAGAAGGUACGAGCAUGGGGACCAGGGCUUUCCGGAGGUGUUGUUGGCAAAUCAGCAGAUUUUGUGGUGGAAUCCAUCGGUUCUGAAGUUGGCUCUUUAGGAUUUGCCAUUGAGGGACCAUCCCAGGCCAGGAUAGAAUGUGACGAUCAAAGUGACGGUUCUUGUGAUGUGAAAUAUUGGCCCAAGGAACCUGGUGAAUAUGCUGUUCAUGUCAUGUGUGAUGAUGAAGACAUUAAGGAUAGUCCGUAUAUGGCUUAUAUCCAGCCGGUGUCUGGAGACUUCAACCCUGACAAGAUUAAAGCUUACGGUCCUGGGUUGGAAAAAUCUGGAUGCAUUGUGAAUAAUCCUGCAGAAUUCUUUGUUGAUGCAACAGAAGCUGGAAAAGCACCUUUGAAAAUCUAUGCACAAGAUGUAGAAGGAAAUCCUAUUGAUAUCCAAACAAAAGCUAAAGGAGACGGUACCUACGCCUGCGUAUACAGUCCGGUCAAACCAAUCAAACAUACGAUUGCUGUUACGUGGGGUGGAGCUAAUGUGCCCAAAAGCCCAUUCAGGGUCAACAUUGGACAAGGAAGCCAUCCACAGCUGGUGAAGGUAUUUGGUCCAGGGGUGGAGAAAAGUGGUUUGAAAGCAAAUGAACCAACACACUUUACAGUUGACUGUACAGAGGCUGGAGAAGGUGAUGUGAGUGUUGGAAUUAAGUGUGAUGCCCGUGUUAUCAGCGAUGAGGAAGAAGACAUUGAUUUUGAUAUAAUACCCAACGCUAAUGAUACCUUCACUGUGAAGUAUACACCCCCUGGUGCUGGCCGGUAUACCAUCAAAGUGCUCUUUGCAGGAGAGGAAAUCCCCACUAGCCCAUUUAGAAUCAAAGUUGAUCCCUCACACGAUGCCAGCAAAGUAAGGGCUGAAGGACCUGGAUUAAGUAAAUCUGGUGUUGAGAACGGCAAGCCGUCCCAUUUCACGGUAUAUACCAAGGGUGCAGGGAAAGCUCCAGUAGAUGUAACGUUCAGUGGUCCUUCUCCUGGAGAUGCUGUAAAGGACUUUGAAAUUAUUGACAACUAUGAUUAUUCUCAUACCGUACGAUACACACCAAUACAGCAGGUAGGGAAAAUCAAAGUGGCUGUGAACUACGGAGGAGACCCAAUUCCUAAAAGCCCUUUCACUGUGGGAGUUGCUGCCCCACUGGACCUUAGCAAAGUGCGAAUUGAUGGACUAGAGAGUCGAGUGGAAGUUGGCAAAGACCAGGAGUUCCUCAUAGACACAAAGGGAGCAGGUGGACAAGGUAAACUAGAUGUGAAGAUUGCCAGCCCAUCUAUGAAAGCUGUACCCUGUUUGGUUGAACCAGUUCCUGGUAAAGAAUGCAGUACGGUAAAAUAUAUUCCAAAGGAAGAAGGUGUUUAUAACGUGGAUGUGAGCUACGAUGGGAAUCCAAUUCUGGGGAGUCCAUACGUGGUAGAAGCAACUUUACCCGCCCCGAGGCCAAGCCAAGUUAAGGCAUAUGGCCCAGGUCUUAAAGGAGGUCUUGUUGGGAAACCUGCAGAAUUCACAAUUGACACCAAAGGAGCGGGCACAGGAGGGCUAGGGCUAACAGUUGAAGGUCCAUGUGAAGCCAAAAUUGAAUGUUCUGACAAUGGAGAUGGUACAUGUUCAGUUUCUUACCUCCCAACUACACCUGGUGAAUAUUUUGUUAACAUCCUCUUUGAAGAAAUUCACAUUCCUGGUUCACCAUUCCAAGCUGACAUUGAAAUGCCGUUUGAUCCCCAAAAAGUGGUCGCCACAGGCCCUGGUCUUGAACAUGGUAAAGUUGGAGAAGCUGGCUUGAUUCAUGUGGACUGCUCUGAAGCAGGUCCUGGAGAUCUUGCUGUAGAAGCAGUGUCUGAUUCUGGUUCAAAAGCAGAAGUCUACGUUCAGGAUAACAAGGAUGGAACCUAUGCAGUUACUUAUGUACCACUUUUUGCCGGCAUGUAUACAUUGACUAUGAAAUAUGGAGGAGAGCAGGUGCCAAAGUUUCCUACUCGGGUAAAAGUUGUACCCAGCUGUGACACCAGAAAAAUCAAAGUGUUUGGGCCAGGAAUUGAAGGAGGAGGUGGGUAAGUAAAGCUCACAUUUUUAAAAGCUUCAACAAAUUUCACAGUUGAUUCGCGGCCUCUGACAAAAACAGGAGGAGAAGCAUAUUAAAACCAAAAUCACUAAUCCAGUCUGGGAGCAUCUACAGAUUGUCUUGUCAACACGGAUAAUGGUGAUGGGACUUACGAUGUUGAGUACACACCUUAUGAAACAGGUGUUCACACUGUAAAAGUAACAUACGAUGAUGAACCUGUUCCAAAAAGUCCUUUUAAAGUAGAAGUGACUGAAGGUUGCUUCCCAUCUCGGGUUAAAGCGGAAGGGGCCGGUCUUAAGGAAGCCUUCACCAACAAGCCUAAUGCAUUCUCCGUCAUUACAAGGGGUGCUGGUAUCGGUGGGCUGGGAAUUACCGUUGAGGGUCCUUCAGAAUCCAAAAUGUCAUGUAAAGAUAACAAAGAUGGAAGCUGCAGUGUUGAAUUUACUCCUUAUGUCCCUGGCGAUUAUGAUGUAAAUAUCACCUAUGCUGGAGAGCACAUACCAGGAAGUCCAUUCAAAGUGCCAGUAAAGGAUGUUAUAGAUCCCAGCAAGGUUAAGCUUACGGGGCAAGGAUUAGGAACUGCAGUUAGGGCUAAAAUCCCACAACAAUUUACUGUGGACACUAGCAAAGCUGGUAUAGCUCCUUUAAAUGUGACUGUGAAUGGACCUAGAGGUAUUGUAGAACCAGUUGAUAUAACAGACAAUGGGGAUGGAACACACACAGUAUCCUACACACCUACCCUUGAAGGUCCUUAUACAGUAGCUGUCCAGUAUGCAGAUGAGGAGAUUCCUCAAAGUCCAUUCAAAGUGAAAGUGCUUCCGACUUAUGAUGCAAGUAAAGUCACAGUAAGUGGUCCAGGGCUGAGUAACAAGGGAGUUCCGGCUAGCCUGCCUGUCAAUUUUGCCGUAGAUACAAAGGAUGCCGGAGAAGGACCCUUAUCUGUACAAAUAACUGACCAAGAGGGGAAGCCAAAGAAAGCACAGAUUUUAGACAACAAGGAUGGAACGUAUGCAGUGUCUUAUGUCCCAGACAAAACGGGACGGUAUCAGGUUGCUGUGAAGUAUGGUGGGGAUGAUAUUCCAUAUUCCCCUUACAGAGUUCGUGCAACACCAGUUGGAGAUGCCAGCAAAUGCUCUGCUGCAGGCCCAGGAAUCCAGUCUGCGGUAAAAACUGGGGAAGAGGUUGGUUUUAUGGUGGAUGCUAAAACCGCUGGAAAAGGAAAGGUGACAUGCAGCAUUUUAGACCCAGAUGGCUUAGAGUCUGAGGCUGAAGUAAUUGAAAAUGUAGAUGGCACAUAUGACAUCUUUUAUACCACGGCUAAAACCGGCCCGUACCUUAUUCAUGUCCGUUUUGGCGGAGUGGAUAUUCCAAACAGCCCUUUCACUGUGAUGGCUACAGAUGAAGUUCCAGUUGUGGUUCAGCAGCAGUCAGUUCAGCAGCAGUCAGUUAGUGCCUGUCCUCCAGGCUACCAGCCUUUGGUAUCGGAAACCGCUUAUUCCCCAGUGGGGUCUGUAAAUGGCAUGGGAUUUAGACCGUUUGACUUGGUUAUUCCAUUUGCUGUAAGAACAGGCGAGAUAACAGGUGAAGUUCACAUGCCGUCAGGGAAGACUGCACCGGCGGAUAUUGUUGACAAUAAGGAUGGUACAGUGUCCGUGAGAUAUGUACCCACAGAGACCGGCCUGCAUGAGUUACAUAUUAAAUGCAAUGGAACUCACAUUCCAGAAAGCCCUCUGCAGUUCUUUGUCAACUUUCCUAACACAGGGAGUGUUUCUGCGUAUGGACCAGGGCUUAUAUAUGGAGUAGCAAACAAACCAGCAACGUUCACUAUCGUAACAGAAGAUGCUGGAGAAGGGGGGCUUGACCUGGCCAUCGAAGGUCCUUCCAAAGCCGAGAUCAGCUGUACAGAUAACAAAGAUGGUACCUGCACUGUGACCUAUUUGCCAACUCUGCCCGGAGAUUACAACAUACUGGUGAAGUACAACGACACUCAUAUUGCUGGAAGCCCAUUUGUAGCCAAGGUCACAGAUGACAACAGGAGACGUUCCCAAGUGAAGCUGGGGUCUACGGCUGAUUUCCUAUUGGAUAUCAACGAAACAGAUCUCAGUCUCUUGACCGCUAGCAUUAAAGCGCCAUCUGGUCAUGAUGAGCCUUGUCUGCUGAAGAGACUCCCAAAUAACCACAUUGGAAUUUCAUUUAUUCCAAGAGAGGUUGGUGAGCACCUUGUUAGUAUUAAGAAAAAUGGUCGCCAUGUGCCAAAUAGUCCUAUAUCCAUUAUGGUCUAUCAGUCGGAAAUUGGAGAUGCCAGCAAAGUCAAGGUGUUUGGCCCUGGAUUAACAGAAGGACGCACAUUUGAGAUGUCUGAUUUUGUGGUGGAUACUAGAGAGGCAGGCUAUGGUGGACUUUCACUCGCAGUAGAAGGACCUAGUAAAGUAGAUAUCCAGACAGAAGACUUGGAAGACGGCACAUGUCAAGUCUCCUAUUAUCCCACUGAGCCUGGGGUUUACAUCGUAUCCAUAAAAUUUGCAGAUGAGCAUGUUCCAGGAAGUCCCUUCACAGCGAAAGUCAGUGGCGAGGGAAGAGUGAAGGAAAGUAUAAUGCGCAAUAGAAGAGCGCCGUCUGUUGCCACAGUGGGGGGUAUCUGCGAACUUAAUUUAAAAAUUCCAGAGAUCGACAGGCGUGAAAUGUCUGCUGAGGUCACUAGCCCUUCUGGAAGGGUCGAUGAAGCAGAAAUUGUUGACCUUGGACAGAAUACAUCUUGCGUGCGUUUUGUUCCUCAAGAGAUGGGCGUUCACACAGUGAGCGUAAAGUACAGAGGCGAGCAUGUUCCUGGCAGCCCAUUCCAAUUCACUGUGGGGCCCUUGGGAGAAGGUGGUGCUCAGAAAGUCAAGGCUGGUGGCCCUGGUCUGGAGAGAGGGGAAGCUGGAGUUCCCGCUGAAUUCAGCAUAUGGACAAGAGAAGCUGGUGCAGGUGGAUUAUCCAUUGCUGUGGAAGGACCGAGCAAAGCAGAGAUUACAUUUGAAGACCGUAAAGAUGGAUCUGCUGGUGUGUCCUACAUAGCACAAGAGCCUGGUGAUUAUGAAGUUGUCAUCAAGUUCAAUGACGAGCACAUCCCGCAGAGCCCGUUCCUGGUGCCCAUCAUUGCCCCUUCAGAUGAUGCCCGCAGGCUCACUGUCACUAGCCUUCAGGAAUCUGGAUUAAAAGUCAAUCAGCCAGUAUCCUUUGCAAUAAGACUUAAUGGAGCAAAAGGAAAAAUAGAUGCUAAAGUUCAUAGUCCCUCUGGUGCUGUGGAAGAAUGUCACGUUUCAGAACUGGAACCAGAUAAAUAUGCUGUACGUUUUAUUCCAAGGGAAUAUGGCAUGCACACUAUUGAUGUGAAGUUUAAUGGCAGCCAUGUACCAGGAAGCCCGUUCAAAGUCCGAGUGGGGGAGCCUGGGCAAGAGGGUGACCCUGCUCUUGUGACAGCCUAUGGGGCCGGCUUAGAGAGAGGAACCACCGGUAAACAGUCGGACUUUAUCAUCAACACCACUAAAGCCGGCCCUGGAGCGCUCUCGGUUACCAUUGAAGGACCAUCUAAAGUCACCAUGGAAUGUAAAGAAUGCCCCGAAGGUUACAAAGUCCUAUACACUCCAAUGGCUCCUGGAACUUAUAUGAUUGGCGUGAAGUAUGGGGGGCCCAACCACAUUCUCGGCAGUCCUUUCAGAGCAAAAGUUACAGGUCAGAGACUGGUCAGCGUUGGAGGCGCCAGUGAAACCUCUUCUAUAGUAGUAGAAUCUGUCACCAGAGCGUCAACUGAAACAGUCUAUAGUGCUCUACCCAGAUUUGCAUCCGAUGCCAGCAAAGUCACAUCUAAAGGAGCCGGUUUAUCUAAAGCGUACCUAGGACAGAAGAGCUCUUUCACUGUAGACUGCAGUAAAGCGGGUUCAAACAUGCUGUUGGUUGGUGUCCAUGGCCCUACUAUACCCUGUGAGGAAGUAUCCAUCAAACAUCUUGGAAACAAACAGUAUACAGUCAACUAUCAUGUCAAGGAAAAAGGAGACUAUACAUUGGUUGUGAAAUGGGGAGAGGAACAUAUUCCUGGAAGUCCCUUCCAUGUCACCGUCCCAUAAAUCUCCUAUUUGUUUAGCUACAAACAAGAUUAAUAUUCCAAUUAUAAUUCAGGAGAUCAUUUUGGAGAAUGGGAAAAAUUUGAAUCAAAUUUUAUAUUUAACACAUUUUUUUUUUAUAUUAGAGAAAUUACAUUUUUUAUGUGUUUUAAAUGUCCAUAAGAUAAUAUAAAAUUGUUUGUGUUCCUUUGCUGCUGGAGGUAUUAUUUAUACUUGUCAAUAUUGUUAAUUACUUUUAGUCCUCAGCAGUGAGUUCAGAAGGAAAAACAAACAAAUUAGUUAAUUUUCUAAACAUUUGUAAACAAAAACUGGAGUUGAUUUUUCAUCCUAAUUACCUGAACUACUGAUAAUGUGUGUAUAUGUUCUUUGAUUUAUUCUAAUGUUUAAAAACAAAUCAAGCCGUGUCUACUUCUAUCGGUCAUUAUCAAAAAGGUGAUAGAGAACUCUUGGUACUUUUGAGAUGUGCCUUUAUAUACUUGAUUAUUUAGUCUUAAUGCCUAAGCUACGUAAAAAGGUUAAAUUUACCACUGUCGUAACACUAUCCUUUUGUUUUUUUUCUAAUCUCUCUCAUUGUUUACAUUUUAGAAAAGGUGAAACAAACAACUUUUUUCUUGUACGGUGACCAUGACACCGUUGACUGGUACAAAGUAACAAAUUGUUAUUACAAUUAGAAAUACAAAUGAAUAACGUGAGAGAAUAUUAUAGAAUUCAAACAAACAAUUCAAAGAAAAGCUUUGACCUUCAAAGUGACUAAAUGUAAACCGUUUUUUUUUUAUGACACUACAUUGGUUGACCUCACCUUUUGGGAGAACAAACCUUGGAUAGAUAAAGUAGCACUUUGGUUAUGUAACUAAGAUUUUAAAUCUCAUUGUCUUCUCAGUUGAUGUUAAGGAACCUCUACAUGUGUUGUUUUUUUUGUUAGCUGGUUACAAAUAUUUGUAUAUCUCUUACUUAUUGUGUUUUCUGGAAUAUUGCACAUUGUACUUUCUUACAAAACACAAGGUGCUGCUGUCUUCAUAAUACAUUAACACAUUCACCAAGCCAUUUUUUCUGGGAGGGGGAUGUAUAUUUCAACGUUUAUUAGAUUUGUUCAUCAUAGGGGCUGGAUUUUAAGAUAACUCUUUUUGUAUUAUGAUAACCUAUUUCUACAAGGAUUAAAUGUAAUGUUUUACUUAGCAGAUGCCAUUUGUAAUGUUUCAAGGUGGUAUUUAUUACUGACUUCUAACUGAAUUAGUUUCACCUGGGACCCAAACAAUGUCUAUUUUUAUGGAUGGUGGAGUUUUUUUUCCUAUUUAUUAUGUUUUUUGUAAGUUCAGGAGCAGUUCUAGAGACCUUCGGUCAUCCCAGGACGCAUUCAAACUCUCCUACAAUGAAAGAAUAGAGGAAAUAAUUUCACUCUCCUAAUUAGAUCAAAUUUUUCAGCUGGUCACAAAAUUUGUAUCUUAGGGGAAAAAAAACUGUAUAAAGUGUUACAUUUAAUCUCUGCAGCAAUUCUAAGAACCAUAAUCUUUACUUCAUCGUGAAUAGUGAAUCACUAUUGUAUUUUCACAUAUUUAGAAGCAUAAAGGAUAAGAAAUAUAUCCACAGUGGUUGGGAGGAUAAAACUGACUCUAUUUUAAGAAUCAGUUAAGUACUAAAGCACAGCCACACUGAACUCACACAAUAUUAAUAAGGUUAUUAAGGUGAAAUGAUCAAAAAAAAAUGGAAAUUGAGUUUUUAUGUAAAAAAAAAAAGGUGAAAAAUCUUUUUGUCUUGUGUGUAAAAUAAUGUUGUUAUCUAAAACACAACAGCCAGAUUUAUUGUAAUAAUCUUUUCUAGAUUUUUUUUUAGUACAUUUUAAAAUGCUAUUUUUGGAUACAUUAGUUACAGAACUGAGAUACUGUAUCUGAUGCUUUUUUACUGCGCUUUGUGCCUCACUGUGAAAUUCUUCUCACUACAUUGUAAAACAAGAGAAUUGCAAAUAAACUGGAAUAAAUGCUAUAGCAUCUAAAGCGGCAUUCACAA